AUGGUUGGGUUACAGAAAGGAUUUGGUUACGAUGAGUUACUUACUGUUGAGCCGGUGGGUCUGAGUGGUGGCUUGGCAGUUUUUUGGAAGAGUAGUUUUGAGGUGGAAGUUUUAGAGGCUGAUAAGAGGAUUAUUGACUUGAAGGUGAGGAUGGGUUCUUUGGUAUUUUUCCUCUCCUGCAUAUAUGGUGAUCCAGUUAGAGCUCGUAGGAAGGCUGUUUGGGACAGGCUCUCUACCGUUGGGAUGGUACGGAAUGAGCCGUGGGUUUUGGUGGGUGAUUUUAACGAAUUGCUCACUGCGGCAGAGAAGGUUGGUGGUCCGGAUAGACAUGACUCAACUUUCUGGGAUUUUCGGAAUCUGGUGGACAACUGCAAGAUUAAGGAAAUCAAAAGCUCUGAGAACUGUCUGUCAUGGUCUUGUAAGAGAGAUAAUGUUUGGGUGCAAUGCCGUUUAGAUUGCAGUUUUGGGAAUGAUGAAUGGUUCCGACUGUUACCCAGAGCUCACAUGGAGUAUUUGGAGAUGCUAGUCUCUGAUCAUAGACCCAUCCUGAUCAAAUUUGCAUUGGAGAAAAGAGAAAUGGGGAGAGGCCGCUUCGUUUUUGAUAAGAGGUUAGCAAAGCAGAAAGGCGUGGAGGAGAUAGUCAAGCUUGGUUGGGGGGUUGACGCAUCAGAAAACGAGACACCUUUGUUGGAGCCAAUCAACAGGUGUAGGAGAGUGCUCGCCAAAUGGAAGAGAGUUACGACUGUAAGUGCGAUGAGUAGAAUUAAAAGAAUCAAGGAGGCGCUGGAGAAAGAAAUAUCAAAGACAACACCUUGCUGGCAGCGGUUGAAAAUGCUAAGACGAGAUUUGUGUAAAGCGUACCGUGAUGAGGAAUCCUUUUGGCGGCAACGUAGUAGGGUGAGAUGGCUUAAACUUGGUGACAGGAACACCAAGUACUUCCACCUCUGUGCCAAAGGUCGCAAGAACCGGAAUAACAUCCUUUUGCUUAAGGAUUCCCAGGGUAGAGAACACUUCUCUGAAGGAUCGAAGGGUAACAUUGCAGUGGAGUACUUUCGUGAUAUUUUUACAAGUUCAAAUCCUUGGGAAUUGGAAAGUCUGUUUGAAGGGUUUCAAAGUAGAGUGUCUCCCGCAAUGAACACGAUGCUGACGGCUCCAGUACUUUCUGAGGAAGUUAAGACUGCGGCCUUUUCUAUCAAAGAGGAUAGUGCUCCGGGGGCUGAUGGAUUAACGGGCACUUUUUAUAAGCGGUUCUGA